AUGCCUACACUACUAUCCCUCGCGGUAUACGAUCAUCUGACGAAUGGAGUUGACAUCGGUGCCUAUGCCGUACAACUCCAGCUGGAAGACGCUAUCCGAGCCCUUCUGGCCACGGACUACCCGCAGCUGCAAGAGCUACGCUGUACUCCCAGCGUCUUACCUGCCUUUCUGCCCCCACAUUCGUCUGGCGAUGGCCGUCUCAUUCGCAAAGUGGCGCUCAACAGCUGGUCGCCGCAGAACUACUGGACAACGCUUUCCGCCUGGCCGGUCGUGGCCCGAGCGCUCCGGAGCCUCCCGCAAUCUGGUGGGCCGGUGCGCGAUCUUACCAUCGAGGCGGGCGUGUUCCGAUGGAGGGACCUCGUAGACGAUGGAGGGCCGUACAUGGCGAGCUUCAAUCGCUUGGUGCUCAUCCUCUACGUAGCUCUGGAAGAUGAGAUUAUGCUCGAACGUCUCGGUGAGGAGCUUUUCGCGCAUACGCCUCAUCUGCACAUCUUUCGCAUCUCCGACGUCCGCCGCAAGAGGGAGAACGCGAGCUUCCUCUUCGACUUCGCCAAGGACCACGCUAGACAACUCUACUGGCUGAAGACAUGGCAAGCACACGCACCCUCCCUACGCACGGUCGCGUUCACGGACGACUUCGCAUGGGUGAGAGUGGGAGAGAAGGGCUGGGAGAUGUCCCCGCACGUGGCGUGA